GGAGGGGCGGCGGAUGGAGGGGUCACGUUCACCGCACAGGCGGCAACAGUGGGGGGGGGGAACCAGAGGAGAAUCGCGGUCGCCCGACCGGCGCCGUUGGCGGGAGGAAGGGCGGGAGGAAGCAGGACGCGCGCCGCCAGGCACACGGCUGCAGGAGAUAAGGGAGUGGUCGCCACCCCCAGCGAGACAUCAGCCGCGUGA